GGCUGCGGAGCCUCAGCGCGCCCGGCUCGUUCGGCGGAGCCGCGCCCCGCCCGCCCCGCUCCGCGAUGCCGAGCUUCCUGAAGUGGCUGCUGGGGCUCUUGGGGGUCGCCGUGGUUGUCGUGGCCAUCACCGUGCCCCUGGUGCUGCUCACCCGCCAAGAGACCUCUUCAGGAAAAACAUAUACUCUACAGAAUUAUUUGAAUGAUGACUAUAAGUACAAAACAUAUAAUUUGGAGUGGAUUUCAGGAAAUCAGUAUCUUCACAAAACAGAUAAUGGGGACAUCCUGUGUGUCAGUGCUGACAACGGAACAUCCUCAGUAAUCCUGGCAAAUACAACAUUAGAUAAGUACCAGGCAAGCACUGUUAUAUUGUCUCCUGACCAAAAGUUUGCUCUUCUGCAAUACAGCUAUACAAAGUUGUGGAGGCAUUCCUUUACAGCUUCAUAUCACAUCUAUAAUUUCAGUAGCAGUUCUAUUUUAGAUGAUGGACUACUACCUAAUGAUACACAGUACAUAUCCUGGUCACCUGUUGGUCAUAAACUGGCAUAUGUUUGGAAUAAUAAUAUUUAUGUAAAAGCUUCACCAACAGCAGAAGCCGUGCAAAUCACUCAAAAUGGAGAAGAAAAUAAAAUUUUCAAUGGAAUACCAGACUGGGUUUAUGAAGAGGAAAUGUUUGGCACCCAUUCUGCUCUGUGGUGGUCUCCAAAUGGCAAUUUUUUGGCAUAUGCAUCUUUUAAUGAUAAAGAAGUUCCUGUUAUAGAGUACUCCUUUUAUUCUGAAGACACCUUGCAGUAUCCAAAGACCAUUAAAAUCCCAUAUCCCAAGGCAGGAGCUACAAAUCCAACUGUACAAUUCUUUAUCGUGGAUACCACAUCACUUCCAGCUUCCAGCCCUGUUGAAAUUGUUCCACCUGCAGAAAUAGAAUCAAGUGAUCAUUAUUUGAGUGUUGUAACAUGGGUGACAGAUGAAAGGAUUUGUCUGCAGUGGCUCAGAAGAAUUCAGAAUUUUUCAGUCCUCACAAUCUGUGACUUUGAAAAUGCUUCUUGGUCAUGUCCAGAGGAAAAACAGUUUACGGAAGAAAGUACAACUGGCUGGAUUGGCAGAUUUCAGCCAUCUGUCCCUCACUUUGCACCCGACAAUUCUUCCUACUACAAAGUCUUCAGCGACACAGCAGGUUACAAGCACAUCCAUUACAUAAAUGGCUCACAGGUUCCAGUAGCUAUUACUUCAGGAGAUUGGGAAGUAAUCAGCAUAAAAGCUGUAACCAAUAAAUUUUUAUACUACAUCAGUAAUGAAAAUAAUAAAAUGCCAGGAGGAAGAAAUCUUUAUAAAGUGCUCUUGGAAAGCAGUCCAAAAUUUACUAAAUGUGUUAGCUGUAAUCUGGAUCAAGAAAGAUGCCAGUAUUAUUCUGUGUCCUUCAGCAAAGACACACAGUAUUAUCAGCUAAAUUGUCUCGGUCCUGGCCUGCCCAUAUCUACUAUACACAGAAGCACUGAUGAUGAAGUCCUCAGAUACUUGGAAAAUAACACUGAACUGGAAAAUUCAUUGAAAGAUAUUCAGAUGCCUUCAAAAAAAUUUGGUUCCCUUAAUAUAGAUGGAUACAACCUGUGGUAUCAAAUGAUUCUGCCUCCCCAUUUUGAUCCAUCAAAGAAGCAUCCUCUGCUCCUUGAUGUGUAUGCAGGACCUUGUAGUCAGAAAGUAGACCAAGCCUUCCGGAUCAGCUGGGCGACUUACCUGGCGAGCACAGAGCGCGUCAUCGUGGCCAGCUUCGACGGCAGGGGCAGCGGCUACCAGGGGGAUCGAAUUAUGCACGCAAUAAACCGAAGGCUGGGAACAUAUGAAGUGGAAGAUCAGAUAGCAGCAGCCAGAAAAUUUUCUGAAAUGAGCUUUGUUGAUAAGGACAGAAUAGCUAUUUGGGGUUGGUCUUAUGGGGGAUAUGUGACCUCCAUGGUGCUUGGCUCUGGAAGCGGCGUGUUCAAGUGUGGAAUAGCGGUUGCCCCCGUGUCACGCUGGCAAUAUUAUGAUUCAAUAUACACAGAGCGAUACAUGGGCCUUCCUACAGAAAAUGAUAAUCUGAAGAAUUAUAAUAGUUCUACAGUAAUGGCCAGAGCUGAAAAAUUCAAGGAAGUUGAAUAUCUCCUUAUUCAUGGAACAGCAGAUGAUAAUGUUCACUUUCAGCAAGCAGCACAGAUUUCCAAAGCUCUUGUUGAUGCUGAAGUGGAUUUUCAGGCAAUGUGGUACACUGACAAAGACCAUUCCAUCUCCGGUCAAGCACACAAGCAUAUUUAUACCCAUAUGAGUCACUUCAUAAAGCAGUGUUUCUCACUGCACUAGCACCAGCAUUUUGCCUGUUAGUGAUGGUACUUCUCCAGAAAACUCUCAUGAUAAUGUACUCUGAGCCAGUAUAAAUCAAGAUGAGAGAAGAGUCAGCUCUUGGGAUACCAGUGUACACAAUGAAAUGCUAAUCUUUAUAAUGAUUCCUGUUGCCAAGCAACUAUUGCAUUUUUAUUGAUUGUAUUUAAUCGGGUCUUAACAUCACCAGAAUGAUGUUGGAGACUUCUAGGAAGCAUGGUACUUGCUUGAGUAAUUACCUUUUGAUAUUUCAGUCUAAAAGAGAAACAAUUCAGUUUGUAUAUCAGAGAAAUGAAUGAUAAAAUGUCACAUGGCAAUCAGUUGCAGAAUAAAAAUAUAAUAAUGUUUCCAUCAAAAAUGAAUGAACCCUGGGGUAAUUUCUGUGAAAAUAAUGAAGAAAUGUUUUUGCAGAAAUUCAUAAAGCUUAAUAAUUCUUAUUUUAAAAUUGGUAUCAGGAAUACUGCAAUGUUAAUAUGUGCAGAUUGAAAUACUUUAUGCUGCAGUUCCUGAAGUGAGUGUGUUUUCUCUGCAUUCCCUUGUAUUACAGUUGUAGAAGUCUUGCAAGGCAAGCACAUAACAAGCUUUCGCCAAAGAUUUUGAAUGAUACCUAAUCAAAGCAAUGGCAAUGAAUUUCUUUGUGUGCUAUCAUAAAGUACUGUGAUUUUUGCUUAUUUUAUAGUAAAAACGGCUGCUACACUGGGAAUCUGCACUGCAAAAUCUCCUCUGGGAACAAGAGCCCCCUUUUUAAUAUAGAAGUUGCUCAUGUACUGGUGAACAGAAACUGCUUCUUACACUGAAACAUAAAACAUUACAAUGCGAACUAGCGGUCACUUACAGCAAGGGCUGGACUGUCACUCUCCCGUGAACAGGCUCUUUGGCAAAACUGCUUUCCCUUACAGCCUACCAAUAAAUAACUGCUUUCUUUACAGCACUCCAGGUAGGCUUCUCCAUCUAAUCUGAGGAUUAGUUUUCUUAAUUUCACAUAGAAAAAAUGCAGUCUACUUGUACUAAAAAUUGUGCUUCUUUAAAAUAAUAAAGAUAUUAAUUUAUGAAA